UUGAUAGUUAGUAUCAGAUUAAUAUUCUAUAUCUACUUCGACUACCUGUUCAUCUCACGAUGGAAUGUAGUGUGAAAGUGGAAGUUUUGUAUGUUCAACAUUGUUGAAAGAGUAGGUGAUCGAACUGAUCAAUAUAGUUGAAAGGCGGUGAAGUUUUGUGAAUAACUGCCAAGGAAUUGGAAGAUAUAUGUCAGAAUGAACGACCUCAACGAUUCCACUCAUGCAUAUGUUGAAGACAUUUCAAAAGAAAACAUUUCUGAAGCCUUGGCAAAAAAACUGAAAACGAAGCAUUUUGUAAUUCUGAGAUACAGAAAUGAGCCACAUCAGGAGAAGAAUGGGUUAUUGGGAGAUCACAGAAUUAUUUUCGUAACAAUCCUAAACGCUGAAGGAAUAGAAGAGAAUAUAUCGUUUUUCCUGAAACUUUUUCCAAAAGAAGCGGCACCAGCAAAAUUCGCAGAAGGUUUGGGUGCUUUCAGAAAAGAAGUGUUCAUCUACAGUAUGCUGGAAGAAUUUAUUGAAAAAGGAGUUGAUAUUGCCGCCAACGUAGCGCCCAAGUGUUACUUGGCAGAGUACAACAAGCACUUGGUUCUGGAUAACCUAUUGGAAGAAGGCUUCAAGAUGUUGGACAAACAUGAAACUCUUGAUUUUGAAUCUGUCCUGAUCGUUCUCCAAGCCCUGGCAAAACUGCAUGCUGCUAGUAUAAUUUAUGAGGAAAAAUUAAACAAGAACUUGUUACAAGAAUACGAAGAGGAUUUGGAGGAAAGCUUCUACAAUGAUCGAGAAGGUUUCAUCAACUCCAGAGGUAUUGAGGCCUCUAUCAAGUGUGUCGUGAAGGAAAUUGAGAUAUUCGACUUCCCCCCGAUACUUUCAUCUGGGAAAUGCUUUGCUGAAAUAGCUAUAACAACGUGUUUGAAAAUCUAUCAGUUGGUGAAACCUUCCAAGAAGUUCCGGAACGUCCUGAACCACGGCGAUCUUUGGAUGACAAACUUCAUGUUACGGUACGAUAAGGAUCACGUUGCAAGGGAAUGUAAAUUCUUCGAUUUUCAAUUUGGACGAUACGCGCCCCCCUCCCAAGAUGUACUUUCGCUGAUUUAUUUGACGACUACCAGGGAAUUCAGGGAAAAAUAUAUGUACCAAAUCAUAGGCAUGUACUAUAGUUAUUUGGAGAAGCAUUUGAAGGUAUCGGAUUUGAAUAUAAAUGACAUCAUACCGUUUUCUGAUUUCAUGGAAAGUUGUGAGGAACAGAAGUUGUUUGCAAUUGUACAGACUGCUAUGUAUUUUCCACUUAUAUUGAUCAGUAAUGACGAAGUGAAAGAAUAUUUUUCCGAUGAAAUUCUCAACGAGAAAGCUCUCUUCGAGGAUCGGAGCUACCUUGUGUUGGCUCACAAGGACACUGACGAAUCUUACGAGAAAAGGCUGAGGGAAUCCAUUCGAGAUCUCAAGGACUUUUGCGAAUAUUUAUAGUAUAGGGACUCAUGCAGACUCUAAGAAGUAAACUCAAAUAUACAUGAAAGCUUGAGUAGUUCUAAUUUUAAUGCCAUUUUGGUGAAUUUUCCAUUAGUUCUAGAUGAAAUUGUUAAUCAAGAGAUCAGUACUUGUUUUCUCAUUGUAGAAGAAAUAUUCCAUUGUAACAAUUUCAAAAAAUUCAGUUUACUGAAUUCGAAUAAUCGUAGUGCUAUAGUUUGGACUAUAAUUUCUUAUUGACAAUUCUGUAGACGUAUCAAUUAUAAAAUAGUUUCAAUGUCUAGAAAUGUUUUUUAGGACAAAUUAUUGUUGAAUAAACUAUAUCAAAAAGAAUAAACAGU